AGAAGCAGGCGCCUCAGAGAGAAAAAAGUGUCAGAGAAACUGUUUUUUUUUUUUGGACUCAAUACUAGUCAGAGCUCACUUUACUUGAGGUUUAAAAUUAUCAUCUGCUUUGCUGGUGAUUUUUUGGAUCUUAAAUCACUUCUGUUCCACUUUUCUGUAUCUUAGUUUGCACACCAACGGGGUACACUGAAGGGUAGAGCUGGCUACGAUUGUUGAAAAAGUAUUUUCGUCUGUCUCACGGACGCUAUUAGUCCUAUUUUUGUCUCAAGUUGGUGUCUUAACGUGAUUUUUAUAUCACUGGAAGCCAUGAGUUCCUCUGUAAUGAACACAGCCGGAGAUGGCGACAGCGCAAGCUUCACCCUCAUCCAAAAUCGGAUUGAGUCACUCAGCAACAAGAUGGACAAGCUCAUCAACAUCCAAGAAAAGGUCCUCAACCGACUAGAUGGGAUGUCCCAAGACAUUGACGACAUUGAACAGGAUAUGGAGAAUCUGAAGGUUGACAAGGAGGAGAUCCAUUUUCCACCCAAGAUGGUGAACCAGACCCAGGUCAUGGGGCGAGAAGUGAGGCAGAUAUGCAAGGAGAUGAGCACCAUCAUGUUGGUGGUGAACCAGCGGUCCGAGCAGCAGGCUCAGAAGCUUGAAGGGAUGGAGAAGCUGGUCCUCAGCAUGCAGCAGGUGAUCAGCUUCAUCGGGGAGACGGUGAAGAGUUCCAGGGUUAUGGAGCUGAUGUUCAAGGGCCCCGCAGCUCGGAAGGGCUCCAAACAAAAAGACAAUAAAGGCAAGCAAGCCCUUAAAAGGAAAUCAUCUACUGACACAAUAAACAAGAAGCUUGACAAGAAACCUACCUCUAAUAAAGCCAGUAAAGGGAAUCAAGAGAUAACUCCUGCAUGUGAGCCCAGUUCUCCAAAGCCUUCUCACAAGAUAAAGCUCCAUGGACCAAAGCAUUUCCUCGCCUCUCGCAAAUGUGGAAAAUUUUUGAAAGACCACAAAGGUAAAGAUGGGGCGGAUAAGCCCUCUUUGAGCCCUAAGGGUCUGAAAGCUCAAAAGAAGAUGAAGCCUCCAGACGCAGCAGAAAAUAUCUCCCUAAAGAAGCAGGCAUUGCUUCUGGAAGAGGUGCAGAAGCUCAACAAGGAGAAUGCAGAGAAGUCAGGUCAGCAGCUCACCCCUGGAUAUCUGGACCUGGAGGCUGGAGUGUCUCCAAAAGAUCAACAACCAGACACCUCUACUCAAAACUUGGUGGACUACCUGCGUGAAGAUUCCCAAGCAGCUGUGGUUAAGAAAGAUGAGGUUGCUGAGGCAGCUAGUGAGGAAGAGGGUGGAGAAAAGGUGCAUGAGGCAGCGGUUACAGAGAAGGAACCAAAACUUGAUAAAGUGAAAGAGAAAAAGAAAGAAAAGCUCCCAGAGGAAAAGGAGAAAGAGGUUACAUCUCCUGAUAAAGAAGCAGCCAAAGCCCCAGAGUUACCUGCUGCCCGUGAGGAUGAAAAAGUGAAGAUUACUACGAGCGAUGAUGACCACAAAGAUGCCUCCCCAGAGGCUGAGCAGGACCAGAUUUUAGAGGUCCGCAGCACGAGUACCAAGUUCUGUGUGACCAAGGAACACUUUGUAGUGGAGGACCACACAAAGAGCCAGGCGGUGGAGGUAAAGGGGAAGGAGAAGAAGGAAGACAACGAGGAGGACGAACAGCAGCUUGAGUCUGAUGGCUGGGCUGUUUUCAAGUCAGAUGGAGUUGAAUUCCACUUAGACCUAAAAGAAAGAGUGGAGAGGGCGAGAAAGGAAAACGAGGCAGAAAACGAUGCAGAAAACGAGGAAGAUGAGGAAGCAGAGCGGUACUUUAUUGACACCAGUCUUCCUCCGGUGGCUCCCUUUAAUCACCGCAUUGUUUCUGCCAAGCCCAACCAGAUCAUCAACUUCUACACCAUCAACUGGCAGGAGGUCCUGGGCGGGGGUCGUUUCGGCCAGGUGCACAAAUGUGUUGAAAACUCCUCUGGUCUCACUUUGGCAGCGAAGGUCAUCAAAGCCAGGACUCUGAAAGAAAAGGAGGUGGUGAAGAAUGAGAUCCAGGUCAUGAAUAAUCUGGACCAUGCCAGCCUGAUCCAGCUCUAUGCAGCUUAUGAGUCAAGAAAUGACAUCAUCCUUGUACUUGAAUAUGUUGGUGGAGGGGAGCUGUUUGACAGGAUCAUUGAUGAAAACUACAAGUUAAUGGAGCUCGAUGCUGUUGUGUUCAUCAGGCAGAUCUGUGAGGGCUUGCAGCACAUGCACAAAAUGUACAUUCUACAUUUGGAUUUAAAGCCAGAAAACAUUCUGUGUGUGGACCCAGUUGCAAAUAAAAUCAAAAUCAUUGACUUCGGCCUUGCUAGGAUAUAUAAACCACGUGAGAAACUGCGAGUGAAUUUUGGCACACCAGAGUUUCUCGCUCCUGAAGUCAUCAACUACGACUUUGUGUCUUUCAACACAGACAUGUGGAGCCUUGGCGUCAUCACCUACAUGCUUCUGAGCGGUCUUUGUCCUUUCCUCGGCGAUGAUGACAACGAGACUCUAAACAACAUCUUGGCCUGUAAAUGGAGCUUUGAGGAACAAGAGUUUGUAGAUACGUCAGAAGAAGCCAAAGACUUCAUCUCCAGACUCCUCAUGGUAAACAAAAGUUGGAGGAUGGGGGCGUCUGAGGCCUUGAAACAUCCUUGGCUAGCUGACCCAGUCCUUCAUCAUCGCCUUUAUACAAAGAAAACUAUGUGCAGAUCACGGCGAUCAUCAUGUGUGCCCACGACUGAUAGUUGAGGGCAACAAUAAUGUGAUGGCUUCAGCUGUGGCUGCUUGGACCAACCCUCCUGUCUAUGUAAAUGACCUUUAUUUUCAGCCCAUGCACCGUGUGGCAUGGGCUGAAAUUCUGGCGACCCCACACACCUUGUCUUGACAUGUGAUCCACUGUUAUAAUGUUAAUGUAAGCAAUAUGCAAAACAAUAUACAGGCAAAAACAGCUUUGUUUAAUUAAAAAUGGCAGUCUCACCAUUCAUCAUUCAUGACCUUUUUGCUGAAUAAUGUACAACUUGUGGCUGUAACGCAAGAGAAACAAUCCUCUUCAUCACGUCGUAUUAUAUAAAUGGCAUUUCAAAACAGUGCUAAUGUCAUAAUCUGACCCACUUUCAUUAGGCAUGUAUCAUCAUAUAGGAGUUUGAUUGUAUGUGGCACCUUUGCCUUGAAAUGUGCACACUGCACUUCACUUUGAAAAAUCCACUUAUUGAGCCACUCUCAUCUAUCUCUAACCAAAUACGAUGUGCUGGUAUUUGCUCAUUGCUUUUGUAUGAAGCCUACAGCAUGAUUAUAUGACUGUAAUAAUAUGUAUUGCAUUUCUCCUCUCUUAUCCAUUUUUUUCUGGGCUGUAAAUAACUGCUGAACUGUAGAUUUAAGAUUCUGAUUUUCUUAUAUCUUAGCAAUAGACUCCACUGAAUUGUAUGUAUGGACAGAAUGGCAUUUGUGCUGUUGGUAUCAUGAGCUAUAGUAUGUGCACUUUAUAAUUGUAUUUAUUUAAACAUAGAUUACACAUGAAGCUACCAUAGUUCCAUUGAAAGGGCUUGUGUGGUCAGAUCUACCCAUAUUUCCAUCCUACUUGUGUUUCAUCCUGCUUUGUCCUCAUGUUGAGAAAGAAAACAUAUUUUUACUGUAGAACAAACCAACACAGUUUAUGUCUUAUCAGCUAAAUGUGAUAUUGUAGUUCUUUGUUGCAUGUCUAUGUGUUCAUGUGCUUUAUCAGACAGUAAAGCUUGAACUAGAUAUACAGAGAAAUAACUUUUUUAAACUUUUUUUUUCACUCUAGCUGCAUAUUCGUGCUACUGUAGAUGCUUUUUCCACAAAACAAAGUUAGCAUUUAAACACCUUCUGUGAAGGUUCACUAACUGAAAGUAAUACAUUACCUACCUAAUGCUGCCUAAGUUGAUAAAAUGUUGUUAGAAUGUUAUUUUUUAGUUCUAGCUAAAGAAGUUAACAAUUUCAAAUUCAGCAUGUAUUUGUGAAGUGUGUACACAUCCAUUAAACUGAAAUCGUGUCUUAAA